GAUCCCGCGACGCGCCGCCUGUCCACGACCACGUCUUGUCAACCCCGCCUCUCCGUCCCUUGACCAUACGCAUUGGGUUUCAUAGAUGUCGUCACCAAAGGUCAUCGUGCAAAUUGCUAUUGCAGGUGCCCAGAUAUUCGGCAAGGCAUUCGCAGCGGCGGGUAGACAAGCAAUUAAAAAUGCCAAGCACAGACCGCAGGCUGCAAUAGGUGGCGACGCUGCAGGUGUCGGGAAUGCUACGUCAGGGUCAAUAACAGACAAGCUGACGCGAGAGCACCGGAUGACGCUGGAAGAGGCGCACUUGGUCUUGAAUGUAAACAAGAGUGAGGUGAUGGAGAAAGUACUGGAGCGAUAUGAGCAUCUAUUCAAAGCGAACUCGCCUCCACCGCCACCACCGAAACCUCAAGCAGGCCAGAAGGCACCACCACAACCUGCAUGGUCACAUUACAUCCAAUCAAAAGUUGUCCGCGCACGGGAGCGUAUAGAAGCCGAGACGAAGGCGGCGGAAACACCGUCAACGCCGGAGCCUCCUUCGUCGUCACCACCACCUGGUUCAGAGAAGUCGAGUUGACCUGUUCUAUCUGCGCAUAUCCCUAGAAGUAUAUAAUUUGUAUAAUGCUGUCACUUUAUUACCCCCAUUCACUGAAUCACGUACAAGGCAUGUGGACACGCCCUUUC